CUUUCCGCCUUCUCCUGUAGGUUGGACGUGACAAAUAUGAGCCUGCGGCCGUUUCCGAGCAUGGCAACAAGAAAAAGGCCAAGAAAGAGAGGGAUAUGGAUGAGCUGAAGAAAGAAGUGUCUAUGGAUGACCAUAAACUGAGCCUGGACGAGCUUCACCGCAAAUACGGAACAGACUUAAGCCGCGGCUUAAGCACCGCUCGAGCUGCCGAGAUCCUGGCCCGAGACGGUCCCAACGCCCUCACUCCCCCUCCCACCACCCCCGAGUGGGUCAAGUUCUGCCGGCAGCUGUUCGGGGGGUUCUCCAUGCUGCUGUGGAUUGGAGCCAUUCUCUGUUUCUUGGCUUAUGGCAUCCAAGCUGCCACGGAAGAGGAGCCUCAGAAUGACAAUCUGUACCUGGGUGUGGUGCUGUCUGCUGUCGUCAUCAUCACUGGCUGUUUCUCCUACUACCAAGAAGCUAAGAGCUCAAAGAUCAUGGAAUCCUUCAAAAACAUGGUUCCGCAGCAAGCCCUGGUGAUCCGCAACGGUGAGAAGAUGAGCAUCAACGCGGAGGAGGUGGUGGUUGGGGACCUGGUCGAAGUGAAAGGCGGGGAUCGGAUCCCUGCUGACCUCAGGAUCAUUUCUGCCAACGGCUGCAAGGUGGAUAACUCCUCGCUGACCGGGGAGUCGGAGCCCCAGACCAGGUCUCCCGACUUCACACACGAAAACCCCCUGGAGACGAGGAACAUUGCCUUCUUUUCCACCAACUGCGUUGAAGGCACUGCCCGCGGCAUCGUCGUGUACACCGGGGACCGCACCGUCAUGGGGAGGAUCGCCACGCUGGCCUCUGGGCUGGAAGGCGGCCAGACGCCCAUCGCUGCGGAAAUCGAACAUUUCAUCCACCUCAUCACGGGGGUGGCCGUGUUCCUGGGGGUGUCCUUCUUCAUCCUCUCCCUGAUCCUCGAAUACACCUGGCUCGAGGCCGUCAUCUUCCUCAUCGGAAUCAUUGUCGCCAAUGUGCCCGAAGGUCUGCUGGCCACCGUCACGGUGUGUCUGACCCUGACUGCCAAGCGCAUGGCCCGGAAAAACUGCUUAGUGAAGAACCUGGAAGCCGUGGAGACUCUGGGGUCCACGUCCCUCAUUUAUCCCACUCUUAUGGGAUUUAACACGACGUUAACGCAUCGCUUGCUUGCCUCGAUCCCGUCAGGUGUCUCCUUCGACAAGACCUCAGCCACCUGGCUCGCCCUGUCGAGAAUCGCUGGCCUGUGUAACAGGGCCGUGUUUCAGGCCAACCAGGAAAACCUGCCCAUCCUGAAGCGGGCAGUGGCGGGCGACGCCUCGGAGUCGGCGCUCUUGAAGUGCAUCGAGCUGUGCUGUGGGUCCGUGAAGGAGAUGAGAGAGCGGUACCCCAAGAUCGUAGAGAUACCCUUCAACUCCACCAACAAGUACCAGUUGUCCAUUCACAAGAACCCCAACACGGCCGAGCCCCGGCACCUGCUGGUGAUGAAGGGGGCCCCCGAGAGGAUCCUGGACCGCUGCAGCUCCAUCCUGCUCCAGGGCAAGGAGCAGCCGCUGGACGAGGAGAUGAAGGACGCCUUCCAGAACGCCUACCUGGAGCUGGGCGGCCUGGGCGAGCGCGUGCUGGGUUUCUGCCACCUCCUCCUGCCGGACGAACAGUUCCCCGAAGGCUUCCAGUUCGACACAGAUGAUUUGAAUUUCCCUGUGGAAAACCUCUGCUUUGUGGGGCUCAUCUCCAUGAUCGACCCACCCCGGGCUGCUGUCCCCGAUGCCGUGGGCAAGUGCCGGAGCGCCGGGAUCAAGGUCAUCAUGGUCACCGGAGACCAUCCCAUCACAGCCAAAGCCAUUGCCAAAGGUGUGGGCAUCAUCUCCGAGGGCAACGAGACCGUGGAGGACAUUGCCGCCCGCCUCAACAUCCCCGUGAGCCAGGUGAACCCCAGGGACGCCAAGGCCUGCGUGGUGCACGGGACUGACCUGAAGGAUAUGACCUCCGAGCAGCUGGAUGACAUCCUCAAGUACCACACGGAGAUCGUGUUCGCCAGGACCUCCCCGCAGCAGAAGCUCAUCAUCGUGGAGGGCUGCCAGCGGCAGGGCGCCAUCGUGGCUGUGACUGGCGACGGUGUCAACGACUCUCCGGCUUUGAAGAAGGCGGAUAUUGGGGUUGCCAUGGGGAUCGCCGGCUCGGACGUGUCUAAGCAGGCUGCCGACAUGAUUCUCCUGGACGACAACUUUGCCUCCAUUGUGACUGGAGUCGAGGAAGGUCGUCUGAUCUUCGACAACUUGAAGAAAUCCAUCGCCUACACCCUGACCAGUAACAUUCCAGAGAUCACCCCCUUCCUGAUAUUUAUUAUUGCGAACAUUCCGCUGCCGCUGGGCACCGUCACCAUCCUCUGCAUUGACCUGGGCACGGACAUGGUUCCUGCCAUCUCCCUGGCCUACGAGCAGGCUGAGAGUGACAUCAUGAAGAGACAGCCCCGCAACCCCAAGACGGACAAGCUGGUGAACGAGCGGCUGAUCAGCAUGGCCUAUGGGCAGAUCGGUAUGAUCCAGGCUCUGGGGGGCUUCUUCACUUACUUUGUGAUUCUGGCCGAGAACGGCUUCCUCCCGAUUAACCUGCUGGGCAUCCGCGUGGACUGGGACGACCGCUGGAUCAACGACGUGGAGGACAGCUACGGGCAGCAGUGGACCUACGAACAGAGGAAGAUCGUGGAGUUCACCUGCCACACGGCCUUCUUUGUCAGCAUCGUGGUGGUGCAGUGGGCCGACCUGGUCAUCUGCAAGACCCGGAGGAACUCCGUCUUCCAGCAGGGGAUGAAGAACAAGAUCCUGAUAUUUGGCCUCUUUGAGGAGACGGCCCUCGCUGCUUUCCUCUCCUACUGCCCCGGGAUGGGAGUCGCCCUGAGGAUGUAUCCCCUCAAACCUACCUGGUGGUUCUGUGCCUUCCCGUACUCUCUCCUCAUCUUCGUGUACGACGAAGUCCGAAAACUCAUCAUCAGGCGAAGCCCUGGAGGCUGGGUGGAGAAGGAGAGCUACUACUAGCGCCCGUCCUGCACGCCGUGAGCAUCGUGCCACUCUGCACCCUCACCCGCCCCUUUGUGUACUUCAGUCUCGGAACUCAGAACUCCACCCUGGUAGGAAGCACCGACGCAUGGGGAAAGCGAGCCGUCCUGGAAUGAAGCAUGUAGCUAUAGGGGGGAGGGGGGGGGGCUGCCUGUCAAACAUCCGUGUGUGGGAACGACAGCGGGGAAGGUUUUUACGUGCCUUUUUGUUUUUGUAAAAAGGAAAUCAUGGAGAGACCGAAAGAAUACAUUUUAUAUCUGGAUUUUUACAAAUAAAGAUGGCUAUUAUAACGGAA